GGAAUUCGAAGACAACACAAAUUGGGACUGAAUGAACGUUGCUUUAGAUUGCUGCCAUACUAGUCUUUGCCAAAGCUACCAAUAUUAGAUACCAGUUCAGAACCAAACAACUACAAUCUGAUUCAUAUCAAAGGCUUCUGUUUUCUAUAAAAUUAUGACAUUUCCACUUUCUCCUUAAAAACAACAAAACCUCAUUUCUUCCUUGGUGGAAUUCAGCAUAUGAACGAAGUUAAGUAGCUUUUAUUUUAAUCCUCAUAUAAAAGUGAAGAAAUGGUUGUCUUGGGUUUCAGAUGGAUCAAUAAGGGGCAGCUGUCCCGCAUUUUUUUCUCUUUUCUCUCUUUCUUUCACGAGCAACAUCAGCGUCACUGUAAACAACAGCAGCACCACAAUAAACAGCCACAGCCGCAGCAGCCGCAGCAGCAACAGCAGCAGCAUGAGAUGAAAAAAAAUCUUUGGAGAGAUAACAAACUAUUUCGGAAUGAGAACAAAGCACUGCGUAAGGAGAAUAAGUUCCUUUGGAUAGAAAACAGGGCUCUUCGAGGAGAAAAUAAAACCUUUCGAAUAGAAAACCAGGGACUUCGGGAAGCAAAUCAGUUCCUUAGACAACAAAAUCAGAUCUCCUGGGAGGAGAAGAAGAUUGUUUGGGGGAACAAAAAAGCCCUCGGUGAAAAAAGUAAUGCCUUGAAUAAGGAAAAAAAAGCUUUUUGGGAACAGAAUAGAGCCCUUCAGGCGCAGAUCAGGGCUCUCCAGGAGCAGGAGAAAGCUUUCCAAAAUGAGGAAAAAGCUCUUCAAGAAGAGAUCAAAUCCCUUCAUGAGGAGAUCAAGGCCUUCCAGCACCAGGAAAGUGCCCUGAAUAUGGAGGAGCAGGCCCUGUGGAAGGAGGGCAGGGCCCUGCGUAUGGAAGAGCAAGCUUUGUGGAAGGAAGAGUAUGCUCUUCGGGAGGAGAAUAAGGCUCUCCGGGAGGAGAACAAUGCCCUGCAGGAGGAGGAGAGAGCCCUUCGAGAGGAGGCCAAGGUGCUUCAAGAGUGGAAUAAGAUACUUGAGGGAAAUGAAGAGGAAAUGCCAGCUAUCUGUGAAAAUGUAGACUAGGGGGCUACAGGAGGAGAAAUACAGUGUGUGGCUGUGACCCAUACACACCACUGAGGGAAGGAUGAUUGCGGGCAUUCUGCAUAAGAUAAAAAAAUAAUGGGAAAACCAAAGUCAAAAAAGACCACAAGAAUCACCUGGACAGGUGAAGCCAGUUAGGGUGAAAUGAUUAUACUGGACUUAGAGUUAAAGGCAUUGAAGUUUACCGCUGUAAACUUACUCAGUAGCAGGU